AUGAUUGGAGAAUAUCAAAUUUUAAGUACAUUAAGGUAUGAUUCUAAUCUCGCCAAAUUAGAGGGAAUCACGUUAAAUACAGAUAAUGAUUUAGUUGUGCAGUAUUCUACUGUUAAUGAUGAUUUCUUGUUAGAUACCAAAUGCAAUGGUUAUGAAUGGAAAGCAGAAAUGAUUCAGGAUGGAACAAAAGACUUUCAUAUAUUCCAGAAGGAGUUUUCACAAGUAAAUAACAUAUCACUUACCAAAUUAUCAUUACCCCUAGAUUCUAUAAAAAAUUUUGAUGAUAGAAUAAUAGUAGAUGCAACUUACAUGGAUUUCAUUCAAUCAAGAUGUUUAUUUGUUCCACAACAUUUGGCUAGAAUUAAUUUAGCAUUAAAAUAUUUUGAUUGUCCCAGGGAACCACUUACAUUAAACGAACUUCUUACUUUGUUGAUCGACACAUUUAUUGAUAAAAGUAAAACAUUAAUGGAUAAUUUAAAAGAGAUGGGCAAUGUAAGUAACUCUCAAAUAUACAAGAUUAGAAUACUAAUUGAUAAAAAUGGGCAUGUUAUCACUGAGGCUCAUCCAUUGAAUCUUUCUUCAGAACACACUACAUCCAAAACAUGUACUCAAUAUUUUUACAAAACGUUAUUAAAUGGUCUUUGUGAGACAUCAAAUAACAUAUGGAGUAUAUUUAAGGAUAUUGAACCAAUUACAUCAACUACUCCUUACACCACAUUCAAGACAACAAACCGUCUUCAUUAUACAUUAGCUAGAGAGAGAAUGAUGAGAAUGAUUACUAAAAGUAAUAAUACUUACUUAAAUAAAACUAAAUGUGAGAUAUUGCUAUUUAAUCAGAGCAGCUUUGUAAUGGAAGGUAGUAUCACUAACAUUGCCGUUUCCCGUAAAAAUAAACAAAAUCGUAUUCAAUGGAUAACACCUCCGUUACGGAGUGGCUGUCUUUGUGGUAUAUUUAGAUAUUAUUUAUUACGAAUGGGUUAUAUUGAAGAAGAUGAUAUUAAACUGAACGAAAUUAAUAUUGGCGAUACAAUUUUAAUUUUUAAUGGCGUCAUGGGUUGUGUUAAGGCAAUUGUAACAAAGUAA